CCCCCCCCCCCCCCCCCCCCUUUCUCUCAAAAAAAUGGAUAAAAAACCAUGCAAUUCUCAAGAUGUUGAAAUAAGGAAGGGGCCUUGGACUAUGGAAGAAGAUUUGAUUCUCAUAAACUACAUUGCAAAUCAUGGUGAAGGUGUUUGGAACUCUCUAGCUCGAUCUGCGGGUCUGAAGCGUACCGGGAAGAGUUGCCGGCUCCGGUGGUUGAACUACCUCCGGCCAGACGUCCGGCGGGGGAAUAUUACGCCGGAGGAACAACUUUUGAUCAUGGAAUUGCAUGCUAAGUGGGGAAAUAGGUGGUCGAAAAUUGCGAAACAUUUGCCUGGGAGAACAGAUAAUGAGAUAAAGAACUACUGGAGGACUAGGAUCCAGAAGCAUAUGAAGCCGCAGCAGGGGGGAGAAAAUGCGGCGACACGGCAGAGCAGUUCUAGCUGCUGCGGCGGCGAGCAGAACGAGCAAGCGAGCACAAGCCAAGCCUCGGCGCCGGACACGGUGGAAACUUAUUCUCCGACCUCGUACAACAACAUGGACGCCACUUUUCAGGGCACUUUCCCCACCGAAUCAAACGUCGACAACAUGUGGAGCAUGGAAGACCUCUGGUCCAUGCACUUGCUUAACGGAGAUUAAGCUUUAUAGCCUUAAUUAGCUUGCCUGAUCUGUCUGGGGAUACCCAUAUAUGCCUCCAUAAUUAUUAAUUAAUAUCCUAGCUAAACCUAUCUACCAUAAUCAUAUCAUUCCGGCCGCCCUAUUCCCCGGCCGCUACUGCAUGUAGUACGUAGUUUAUAUAUUAUACAUAUGUUUAAAAUUCUGCAUUAUAUAUUAAUAAGUAAUGACUGUGUAAUAUAAUAUGCGAUGAUAAUCGUGUAUAUGUACACCUCAGCUCUGUUUAUAUACUAAAUCCAAGUCCAAUUAUAUUGUGUUAUCAUC